GAUAUCAAGUAUUGGUCUGUGUACAACGGGGCUAUCGCCUGGAAGAUUCGAAAAGGAGCGCCUCUCGCGGCGUUGGCGAUCGAUCGGCGAUGUCUUGAUGACUACGCGCGCGGGCUGGGCGAAGACGCUGUGAGCAGGCUGAUCUUCAUGGUCUGUGCGCGGAAGUUUCCAUUCGUCGAGGGGCGGAAGGGGGAUGCUAUCCAGUGGCAGAAAGUUUUGUUCAACGGGGGCGAUUUCUUCGGUCUCCCAAGCGAUUUCGUGAGGAUACACAUGUCCGUGGACGCGUACGUGGAGCGGUUCGGCGAGGUCAGCUGCGACAGCGAGAAGCGAUACCGGAGCGAGCGAACUUUCGACAUGGAAACGGGGAAUAACAUGAUCCGCAUGGCCGAGCGUGGAAACGCGACGUCGUUCCCGAUGCCUUGGACGGACAUGUUGGCGCAGUUGAGCGCAGCGGAAGACUUGGCUGCAGAGCGGAAGCCGCCGUCGGUGCCUCACACGGGCGCCGAGCUGGCUGGAAUAGUGUCUGUGAUUAUGAAGUCUGGGGGCGACGAUGAUACGGCCGCAAGCAUGGCCAAGUUUGUGCACCAGGCUCUCGUUCGCAGGCACGUGGUCGUGGCUCUCAUUCAAGGCAUGUACGUAGACAUGAACAAUAGAAAGCAAAAGGUUAUGGGAGACAUGACCAAGGUGCGGCACGUGCCAGGAGACGGGCCCAUGAAGGUGCUCUGCUGCCCGGAGGAAAUGCGGUGCCACAGCGGCACGACGCACGCCGUGAAUAGUGCAUGCACCGGUUGUGAAGCCCCGUUGAGCGGGGAGUGCGGGAACGCGAUGGCCGGGCCCGACGGAGUAAGGGAGGCGGCAGAUAUUUUGGAGAGCACGAAGACGAACGCCGUGGUAUGUGAGAAGAGCAGCUUCUUCGAGGGAGAUAUCAAUGCGCAGCGGAUCGAGGCCGUGCGAACCUUCGUGCAACGGCUGGAUGAGGAGUGCGCGCACGGCGAUGCGAACGGGACGUCGGAUUCCAGCGAAGAAGAGGGCGGCGACGGGACGACGGAACGGGCGCGUAAACGCGUUCGCGUCCGCGAAGGGGCGGGCCCGGGGGCGGAGCAGACGUCGCGGGAGGCGGCGGAGCGCGUCAUGCUGGAGCAGGCGACGACCGAGGGGAAGCGCGUGGACCGCCUUCGCGUGCGCACGGGAAACGUUAUGAUGGAUCAGUUCGAGCCCUGGUACUUUGGCGUCGCGUUCGCGUUUUUGUUCAAGUACUGCACGGGGAUGCCAGAUGGCCCUGAGUUCAUGAAGCGUCCGCGUCAUCGCAGGGGGAAUGGGGCGCCGCGUGUAGAGCUGCCACUGUGGGUGCGGAUUAUGAGUCGUCGCGUCGAGAGCCAGUUGUGUCGCGAUUGGCAUUUCGGGUUCGUGUCGUGGAACCUCGUGUUCCGCUCGGCGGUGAACCUGAGCAGGACGUGGUUCACGUACGUGGCACCGAGCGCCACGGGCGAGGUGGAACAGCUGACGCCUGAGCAGAUCGGCGAAGGCGCCAAACAGAUUUACCGCGCGCUAGACAUGAAGCACGUGGACAUCAACGGCAGAAAGCAGAAGGUCAAGGGCGACAUGACGAAAGUUCGGCACGUGCCAAAUCUGGGGAAAGCCGCGCACAAGCUCCUCACACACAUUGAGCACACGUCGCGGCGCUUGCCAGGUACACAGGAAGCUCGUCGUGUAAUGCGGUUUGAGACGAGCGCUCUUCGAGUCCGGUAUGGCGUUCCAAUCUUCGUAACUUUUUCGCCCGACGAAGGCCACAAUCUGCUCAUGCUCCGCCUGUCGCGCACGCGAAGACAGGACCCCGUGCACGCGGCAGCAGAAGAUCAGGCGCAGUCACGAGUGGCGGGGGAUCGGGAGUGGCCGCGCGUAGCCCCCGACGUCGACGAGGAGAGCGGAGACCUGUACGGCUUCUUGCCCCUCGCAGAGGGCAUGCCAGUCGCUCUGACUGAUCACAUCGAUCGCAGCGAGGACAAGAACCUCCUGCGCGGUCGCGUCGGCCGCGUUCAGUCUUGGGUUUGCGACGGGGACGCAGAGCACGAUCAGGUCACGCGGGGAGGUGAGACCAUUCUGAAGAAAACCCCGAAAGUGAUUUUUGUAUUGUUCGACGAAGGCGACGACGGAAAGGGCGGUCGGAAGCCGUGCAAGUGGACGAUCGGGGGAUUGAGGACGCCCGGCUUGCACCCGGUGGUUCCGCAAAAGGAGGAGUGGUUCGUGGACAAAGGUCGUCCGCACCCGCGGCUGAAGGUGAAAAGGCGUCAGUUCCCGCUGGCUCCAGCCUUCGGCGUGACGGCCCAUGCGGCGCAGGGGCAAACUUUUAAGGAGGGUGUCAUAGUGGACCUGAGCAUCGGCGGGGGCACGUCACCUCUGUCGAGCUACGUGGCACUGACGCGGGUGCAGCGCCGUGAGGACAUGCUCAUCUUUCGCCCCUUCGACAUUGCGCCGUAUCAGAAGAAGGACGAACGGAAGGGCCCAGGCUUGUUGUUGCGCACGUUGCGCGGAGAAGACUUGGACUGGGAGGCGAUAGAGCUGGAGUUCAUGCCGUCUGGCAGGUGCGCGGUCUGCGGGUGCACGAAGUACGAGAACAUGUACCCAACGGUCGGGCAGUGGAGCCGCGCAGAUGGGCUCCGCGUGCGCAGCGUGUGCCUGGAAGAUAAGAAGAGGUCCGGCACGCCGUGGCAAUGCAUGGAGUGUGGUCUAUGGAAGUGCCAGGAGGCGUUCCACGCGUCACAGCACCACCCGUCGAAGUUGACCACGCGGCGUUGCGUGGACUGCCCCGAGAGACGGAGUUGCCGCGUGUGUGAUGGUCGGAAGUACGAAGAAGCGUUCGCGCCGUACCAGUGGGACCUUGCAGGGAACAGCCGGUGCAGAGGGGGGAUGUGCAAAGAGUGCGAGGAGCUGAAGAAGCACCUGACGCGUUCCCGCUGCGGCAUGGAGAAGUUGGUGGACGAUUUUGCGAGGAUUGAGAGGAACGCAGAGGAGCGGAAGUGCAAAGCGUGUAAGAAAUCAAUGAGAGAGGAAGAAAGACAGCGCGCCGAGGAAGGGAAACGGAGGGUAUGCUCGAAAUGUGUGGAGUCGAAGAGUAAGGCGGAGUUUUCCGCUCACAUGUGGUGCAUCGCCUCCAAAGAGACCAUUGCAUGUACCCAGUGCGUCCAGGAUGCGGCCGCCCACCGGGACUCGGCGGCGAGGAAAGACGUGAAGGCCUGUGGUGUGUGCGAGGUGGCGCAACGGCGUGAUUUCUUCUCGCAAAAAAUGCGGAAUGGAGCGGCCGAUCGUGACCGCAAAUGCAUGCGCUGCGUCAGCGCUGGGGCUGCACAGCGGAACACAAAUGCGAGGAAGGACGUGAGGGCCUGCGUGGUGUGCGAGGUAGCGCAGCGGCGUGAAUACUUCUCGAAUUGGAUGUGGGAGUGCGCGGGAGAUCAGCACCGCAAGUGCAAGCGCUGCAUCGAUGGCGCAAAGCUGGAGCGAGGGAAGUGGAAAUGUGUAGAAUGUAAGGGCGCUUUCGGGAGGGAGCACUACAGCAACUGGUCGGCUGGACGAUCGACGCAGAAGGCGAAUGGCAAGCAGAGAUGCAACAUAUGUUGUGCUGGCCAAGAGCGCAAACGGAAGGAAGUCGCCGAGCGGACCCAUGCGUCGGUAACGAAAAAGCAUAAGGCUGGAUAG